AUUAGUUAUAUACAGUACAUUGAGAUGUUUUAUGGUAUUGCUGACAUACAGUCAAUACUGUCUUACACUUUGAAAAUGCUAAAACUUUCUACCAGUUCAGUAAUCACCAUGCGUAAAAAAAACAGGGCAAUGUCCUCACUUGGGUAGAACCAGUGAGUUUUUUGCGCGGAGCAUUGUGUUCAUCAGAUAGUAAAGACUUACAAUUUAGAAAUGCAGCACCAUUGGCUGUGCACCCCUGUGACAUCACCGUUGUACCCGUUCAGUCCUUUCAGUGAGCGCGUGUGGGCGCUGGGCUGGGGAACAGAGUGCCGAUGGAAGCGCUCCACGCAGGACCUGAAGUUCUGAAUGAACGCGCGUAAUUUUUCCCCACCAUGGGAGACGGUUUACCGUCCGUAAACUACAGCAAUGACUCUAAGCGUGCCACGGUGGAUCUCAACUUAUCAGAAGAGUGGCUCGUGGGCAUGGGAAUCAUCAUGGGUCUGAUAGUGUUCAUCAUUGUAGUGGGAAAUAUACUGGUUAUAGUCGCCAUAGCGCGGAAUCAGAGGCUCCAGACGCUCACCAAUGUUUUCAUCGUGUCUCUGGCGUGCGCAGACCUCAUCAUGGGGUUACUGGUAGUGCCAUUCGGUGCAGCCUUGGAGGUAAGAGGAACCUGGAUGUAUGGAUCGUUCUUCUGUGAAUUCUGGAUAUCUGUUGAUGUACUUUGCGUCACGGCGAGCAUCGAGACCCUGUGCGUAAUUGCAAUAGACAGGUAUGUCGCCAUCAUCUCUCCGUUUCGCUAUCAAAGUCUUUUAACAAAAGCACGAGCCAAGGUGGUGGUUUGUGGAGUGUGGGCUAUAUCAGCUCUGGUGUCAUUUCCACCCAUCCUAAUGCACUGGUCCCGGGACAGAGAGGAGACAGCGUGCUAUGACAAUCCCGAGUGCUGUGACUUCAUCACCAACCGCGCAUAUGCCAUCUCCUCCUCUAUUAUAUCGUUUUACAUUCCUCUAAUAGUCAUGAUAUUCGUAUAUGCCAGGGUGUAUAGAGAAGCCAAACAACAGAUGAACAAAAUCAACAAAUGUGAGGGAAGGUUCUAUAACAAUCACGGUACUAAUUGCAAACCUAACCGGAAACGAACCACUAAGAUCCUGGCUUUAAAAGAGCACAAGGCACUGAAAACGUUGGGAAUAAUCAUGGGAACUUUCACUCUCUGCUGGCUGCCGUUCUUCAUCGUUAACGUGGUGCGGGUGUUUUGCGCUCAAAUGGUGGAUAAGGAGCUCUUCGUGUUUUUGAACUGGCUGGGGUACGUGAACUCCGCCUUCAACCCCAUCAUAUACUGCCGGAGUCCGGACUUCAGGAAAGCUUUUAAGAGGCUGUUGUGUUGUCCGAGGCAGGCGGACAUCAGGCUGCACGUGAGCUCGUGCGAUCUGUCGCGCUGCACCGGGGGCUUUGGGAACUCAUUGGAGCAGAGCAUGCUCGGGACGUGGUCGGACUGCAGUCUGGAGAGGAACGGCAGGAUAUCCCAUUCAGAAUCUCAGCUGUAAAAGUACAACCGUGACUAUUUAAUCAAUAUUACACGAGCAGGAGUGCAGUUUGUAUUUCAUAUUAGGUCAUUAAGACCAUGCGGAAAGCGUAAUAUUGCUUGUUCGAUAAAAAAUUAAUAUGACAUCUGCGUUUUAGAGAAACAUUUGACCAGUCCUACAUUUCUUCAUCAACGAAAAUAGUUCUAGAAAUAAAAAUCAAAGCAUUAUGUUUUUACUAUCGCCAAGCAACGCACAAACUAAUUAUAUGGGUGGAGUGGAGCUACAUAGAAUCCCUCCGCGACCCACCGCGUUCUGUCAUCACUCCGCUUUAGCUCCACUCCGGGUUUUACUCCCCGCUCCGAGCGAUCCAAUAUAGUGAGAGAGAAAAAAUACGCGCACUCGUUCCUCUUCCACUUC